AUGUCUGGAGGCGAGCGGAAGCUCGUGAUAAGAACGACUGAUAUGUCCGACGAUAUGCAGCAGGAUGCCGUUGACUGUGCCUUGCAAGCUCUGGAUGAAUGCACGCUGGAGAAAGAUAUCGCCGAGAGAGUAAAGAAAGACUUCGACAAGAAGCACGGCCCUUCUUGGCACUGCAUCGUGGGGAGAAACUUUGGAUCGUUUGUUACGCAUGAAGCAAAGCACUUCUCUUAUUAUUACGUUGGGCACACUGCUUUCUUGCUCUUUAAAUCAGGAUAG